AGGGAGGAGAGAAUGAGACAGGUGUGAUGGACAGCCUAAUGGAAGCCUUGCAAUCCGGAGCGGCCUUCCGCGACCGCCGAAAACGAACCCCGCGCAACGGUAAGGUCCCCCCCACCUCUGGCGAGGUCACUUCCUCCCUCGCUGGCGACCAUCUGUGUCCUGCACGGCCACAGAGUAACUGCCAUACCUCUUUAAACGUUACGUAUAACCUGAUUCCAUCAACACACUCAGUCUCAACCAUUGUCCUUAAUAUGAAAGGAGUGUUGCGGGACCAAGUCGGUUAUAUGCAGAGGGAAGACACAUGUCUGUACGCUCAUGUGCUUCUGUGCACAUAUGUGUACCAUCCCUGUGCACUUCAUUACACAUCGUCAUUCAUAAGGCACUGAUUACAAUAGAAAUGGGAUGCGAGUGGGGGCUAUCGGCUAGAGGUGAUUUAGCAUAAUCCUAAUGUUAACAUAUUCCAUCCUGCCAUGAUGAAUGGCCUGUGCCCAGGGGGGUGGUAAGGUGCCACCUGGUAGAGGUGCCAGGUUACAUUGAUAUGCAGGUGGAGAGACAGAGCCCUGUCUGUAUAGAGGGGCUAGAGGUUCCACAGGUGCUGCUCCAUCUCUGUGGUGGAUGAGGAGAUACUGUGAUAUUCCUGGUGCAGACUCCCUGCUCCAUGCUAAUCGCUAAGCUGUUAUCGGCUCAUUAGGCCUCAUUAGGGUUAGGUUAGCAUAGCUUAGUAUGAACAGAGGGAGUGAGUAUGCACAGUGGUUUAGGCCCUGAACCUAGGCACUGAAUAUGGUAGUAGCUCCCUUUUUCCCUCUGAUAUGCUAGGUAUAAUUUGUGAAAUUGGUGAAAUCUAUACAGACCUCUCAAAUCUAUACAAGUGCCUUGGUGGUAUGGCGUUAGGAGUUAUUUAUGGAAGGGCCUAUAGUUAAAAGCCUAUUUCAGGCAGGAAGUUGACAACUCCUAUGGAGCACUCAUUCAGUGUUAUACCAACAACCUCAACAACAAAUAUACCAGCAUAUGCACACCAUGACAGAAAUAAUUGUCCUAAAUUAACUGUCACUAUGUGAAAUGACCUGUUCAUUUCUCAUCUUUCUUAUCUUGGCAAAUCACUUCUCCCUAACAGGUCCAUUGUCAAGGUUUGUCCAAAAAGACCAGGCUAAUGAAACAGGGUGUCACAACUCACAACACAUACUCCUGAGUCCUGCUCUUCCUAGCUUGGCUCACACUCUGAACUCGCUGGAAGACAGCCAGCCAUGUGGAGAAAAACACACACACACACACACACACACACACACACACACACACACACACACCCACACACACACACUCUUCUGAUUCACCUGCCCUCCGUCUACAAUAUCUCUCCAACUCUAACAUGGUUCACCAAGACUGACAACAUGGGAGAUACACAUGACAUGAUUCCAAACCAACCCAAUCUCUUUUUCUUCUCAAGUGUCUUCUCUCUCUGUGUGAAUGAGACAGUUUGUACUGUACUGCUGUGUGUAUUGUGCCAACACCAAGACUUUUCAGAGUGGAUAAUUGGUGCCAAACUCCUGAAAUGACUCGUCUGAUAUCUUUCUCUCUUUCUCUUUCUCUUCCCCCUUUCUUUGUCCUCCCUUUCUUUUUCUUCUGUUUAUUUCGUCAAUGUUGCAGGUGAUCAAAGUCCAUCCAGUCCUGCCUCUCGGUGGCCAGGUGCUAACCAUGGUAACACAACCAAUGCUGUGUCUGUAGUUUAACCCUGUACCUGCUUCUAUGCUGCCCUGUACUGCACCGCCUCCACUCCUGGCUGUGUAACUCAUCUGGCUUCUUCCCUCACCUACUGAACCAGAGCUGGUGUACUCUC